AUGGAGGGUGCUGAUGGAGGAAACCAUCUGCUUCUGUUCCUGUUUUGCCUCCUUCUUGCAGGGUCCCUUGUUGAAGCUUUAUCCUACGACUAUUCGGCAAACAUCGAGUGUUUAGCAGAACCUCACAGACCUCAAUACGAAGGUGGUAUCAUUACUAACCCAGAGUUCUCUCAUGGCUUGAGAGGAUGGUCUAUCCUUGGGAGUGCAAAGAUUGAAAGAAGAGUGUCAAAAGGAGGCAACAGCUUCGUCGUCGUUCAUGGAAGGAAACAACCACAUGAUAGCAUCUCGCAGAAGAUUUACUUGCGAAGGGGGAAGCUUUACACCUUCUCUGCAUGGAUACAAGUGAGUGAAGGAAAAGUGCCAAUUAGAGCUGUUUUCAAAACAAAAACUGGAUAUAAACAUGCUGGUGCAGUUAUAACCGAGUCUGGCUGCUGGUCCAUGCUUAAAGGUGGCCUAACUGCUAACUCUUCUGGCCCGGCUGAACUCUAUUUUGAGAGCCAAAAUAAAACGGUGGAUAUAUGGGUAGACAGCGUCUCGUUACAACCAUUUACCAGUGCGCAGUGGAAAGCUCACCAAGAGCAAAGCAUUGAGAAGACACGUAAAAGGAAGGUGAAAUUCCAAGCUGUUGACUCACUAGGAAAUGCCCUAGCCGGUGCCCGAGUCUCCAUUCAACUAAAAAAGCCGAGCUUCCCAUUUGGUGCUGCCAUUGCUAAGACUAUCCUAAACAAUCCUGCGUAUCAGAAGUGGUUCACGUCCAGGUUCACCGUGACCGCCUUUGAAAACGAGAUGAAGUGGUACAGCACUGAGUCCUCUCCCGGCAAGGAAGACUACUCGGUAGCCGAUGCCAUGCUCCAAUUUGCCAAACAGAACGGAAUCAGUGUGCGAGGCCACAAUGUCUUCUGGAAUGAUCCCAAAUACCAACCAUGGUGGGUACCCAAGCUAUCGCCUAGCCAACUCAGUGAGGCCGCAUGGAAGAGGAUUAACUCCAUUAUGUCAAGAUACAAAGGGCAGGUUAUUGCAUGGGAUGUUGUUAAUGAGAACCUCCAUUUUUCCUUCCUUGAAGAUAGGUUGGGUUGGAACGCAUCCGCAGCUUUCUAUCAGAGAGCACAUCAGCUCGAUGAUAGAGCAAUCAUGUUCUUGAAUGAUUUUAAUACAAUAGAAGACAGCAGGGACGGGAAGUCGACACCGGCUAUGUACCUUCAGAAACUGAAACAAAUUCAAUCCUUCCCAGGGAGCAGGAUGUCACUAGGAAUUGGGCUCGAAGGCCAUUUCCAUACCCCAGAUAUUGCCUACAUUAGAGCUGCUCUCGAUACUCUUGCCGCUACAAAGCUGCCCAUUUGGAUCACAGAGUUGGACGUGGGAAGCGACCCAAAUCAGGCAAAAUACUUGGAAGAGAUCCUGAGAGAGACACACGCUCACCCUGGCUUACAGGGAAUCAUCAUCUGGGCGGCAUGGCGCCCGGAGGGGUGUUACAGGAUGUGCUUGACGGAUAAUAAUUUUAAAAAUCUUCCCACAGGCGAGGUUGUGGACAAGGUGAUAGGUGAGUGGACCCAUGCACACUUGGCCGGCUUGACAGAUAGCAAUGGCUACUUCGAGACCUCGCUCUUCCAUGGGGAUCAUGUUGUAACUAUUACUCAUCCAUCCAUGAAUUCUUCUUUGGUUCAAAGCUUCAAGGUGACAACUCCUCGUGUUUCUCAAGAAACAAUGCUCGAAGUUGAAAUCAAUGCAUGA